AUGCCUCGCAAAAUUGAGGAAAUCAAGGACUUCUUGCUCACGGCCCAGCGCAAGGAAGCCAAGUCUGUCAAGAUCAAGAAAAACAAGGAUAAUGUGAAGUUUAAAGUUCGAUGCAGCAGAUACCUUUACACCUUGGUCAUCACAGACAAAGAGAAGGCAGAGAAGAUGAAGCAGUCCCUGCCCCCAGGUUUGGCUGUGAAGGAACUGAAAUGA